UUUUCAGUUUCUCCCGGUGUUCUCUACCCCGCUUGAUUUGCGGCCUGAAGCGGUCGGUGAUCGUGCGUUGCGUUUGGAAGAAAAAGAGCACGUGGAGACAUGACGACCAUACGACUGUUUACGUGCGACGAUCUCUUCUUGUUCAACAAUGUCAACUUGGACCCUCUCACCGAAACCUACGGGUUGUCGUUCUACCUCCAGUACCUGGCUCACUGGCCGGAAUACUUCCAGGUCGCCGAGUCUCCAAGCGGCGACAUCAUGGGCUACAUCAUGGGCAAGGCAGAGGGCGUCCAGGAGAACUGGCACGGCCACGUGACGGCUCUCACCGUUGCACCCGAGUACCGGAAGCUGGGAGUUGCGGCCAUGCUAAUGUCGGGUCUGGAGUAUAUCUCUGAAAAGAAGCAGGCGUACUUUGUAGAUUUAUUCGUUCGAGUGUCCAACAAGGUUGCUGUCGACAUGUACAAGCGACUGGGGUACAGCGUCUACAGGAGAGUUCUGGAGUAUUACUUCGGUGACCCCGACGAAGACGCUUUCGACAUGCGCAAGGCACUUUCGAGAGACAUCCUCAAGAAGUCGGUGAUUCCCUUAGCGCACCCUGUACGUCCCGAAGACGUGGACUGAGUUAGUAUUUGUGGAAUAAAGUAAGACGACAGGAUUUUCUCUUCAAUGAGACCGCAACAGAAAUGCAAAUACGGGGUCUCGAGAAAACUGAGGGCAUCGAACCACAUUCCAAGGGAAAUGCAAGAACGGACCUAUGUUACGGUGUAAAUCCUGUCGUAUUGCUUUCUAUGUGCCUCCGGCCAUUACAUUUUGAUGCAUGAAGAGAUCGCUUACUAUUGCUUUGUAAUUAGAUCCCAUCCUACUGUUUAGACAGUACUUAAGACCUGUUAUUUUGCAUUAUUGCGCCGUAUCUGCUUCCCUUUGUUGCUGGGUAAGAUUUACGUGGUUCGGAAAGUUGUUCUGUCUCAGUGUUAUUCCCAAAGCUAGUUCGGGAACUUUGUUAGCCAUUAAAAAAACGCAACAGUGAAAAUUGCAACUCAUAGACUGGGUAUGGGUAUUAAUGGGAGCAUUGUUACAUAAAUUUGAACGUGAAAGUACCAAGAACCACUUUUGCCUUCAUCACAAACAUUCUAUGUAAAACCUUAAAUCUCAUUCUAAAAUUUACCACAUUUCAUACGAAAUGAAGCACUAAAACAAAAGUGGACAGGAAUUUCCUAACUGGUAGUCACUCUACACGAUUGGCUGAAUUCCUGUGCUCGCCUUGUUUGACAACACCACCAGCGAUUUCGACAAACAUUUUUAAAAAGCACUGACAUCAAAUUUGGGUGAAACGAACUUCAAUAAAAUUUUAAUACUACGUGAAAAUCUCAGUUUUAGAUAUGUGCAAGGUGCUACAUUUGAAGUGCAAGCAGGGUAUUUUGAAAAUAUUGUAAAAAAGAAAAUGUUGAAAUU